AUGGGCGACGACUCACAUGCCGAAAUCUCUCCACGGGAAAGACCUUCUGAACCACACUCAUUUUCCGCUCGGGAUCAUGCUGCGGAUACUCCCACACAUGAAAAGGAAGAUGGAGAUUUGAACGACUCAGAUGUACCUCGACCUUCGAAAUGGAGUAUGGGAAUUUUGAAUGUACCAGAUACUCAUGAAGUUCCUGGUUCGAUUCUCCUUCUCACAGGCAAACGAAAUGAACCAUUAGGUUUACGAAAUGCCCCAGCUAGAACUUCAACAUCUACACUUCCACCUCAAACUCCAUAUGAUAGAAGUCGUGCAGCUUCAACUCGGUCGGAAAAGAAAUUGACCAAAGAUGGGUCAACUGUUUUGGAUCCGCAACCAGAAGAAUCAAGUAAUGAUCCUCUUAACUGGCCAAUGUGGAGAAGAGAUGCAGCAUUACUUUCCCUCGGAUUAUAUUGUAUGUUGGGAGGUGGUAUGACACCAAUUUUAGCUGCCGGAUUUACAAAUGUUGCGAAUACGUACGAUGUUACAACCGCCGAUGUUGCACUCACUACUGGAUUGUAUAUGAUGGGUCUUGGCGUUGGUUCAGUAAUUGCUUCUCCAACAGCAAUUUUAUACGGAAAACGUCCAGUUUAUCUUGGUGGAGCAAUUCUUUUCAUCCUUUCUUGUAUAUGGUGCGCUCUUUCGCCAUCGUAUAUUUCCCUGCUCAUUGCCAGAAUCGUUCAAGGUAUUGCACUGAGUCCAGUCGAAUGUUUACCAUCUGCUACAAUUGCAGAGAUUUUCUUUCUACACGAACGUGCUUAUCGAAUCGGAAUUUAUACCUUGUUGCUGCUCGGUGGAAAGAAUUUGGUACCACUUGUUAGUGCUGUCAUUAUUCAAACACUUAAUUGGAGAUGGGUAUUUUGGAUUGUUACUAUAAUCGGUGGAUUUUGUUGGAUACUACUUUUCUUCUUUGUUCCAGAAACAUUCUGGGAUCGAACACCAAGACCUAAAAGAUCAAGAUCGAGAAGUCACAGCAGAAAAGGUUCUAACAUGUCACAAAUGAUUCAUACAUUUGGAGGUCUCAGGCAUUCAUCAUCCAAAGUACAUGUUCCUGCAGCUCAUCAACUGGAUGGAACUGAAGGUGAUCAACAACAACAAACAGCCCGAUCUUCACAAAUUCAGCAAAUGAGAGCAGCUGAACCCACUCGAAGUAUGCAUGUUGGCUUUGUUCCGGAUGAUAUGCAUUCAGAUUCUACUUCUACGAAAAUUGAUGAAGACGAUAAGGAAGAAGAUAAAGAUGCUAUCACUAGACCUACAAGUCCUCGAACCAGACCCAGUCACUUGGACCAUGAUGUUCGUGUUUCAUUUGAUCCUAGUACGACUCGAUCAGCUACUCGUGAUCACGACUCUGUACAUCCAGAAGAAUCUUCGACAACAGGUGUAGCUACUUUACACGACUUCAAUUCACCUUACUAUAGUAAUAUCGAAAAGACCGGAGGAAAUCAUGUCGAUCGUGGUCGUCCAAUCGAAAGAAAUCUUUCGAAUGCAACUCUUCGAGAUGCUGAAGAAGGAGUUUCAGUUCGUGAACCAUCUCUUGGACCACAAUAUACGCGAGAACUUCGAGAAGCCCCCAAACAAACUUUUGUACAACAACUCAAAGUUUGGAAUGGUCGUUUGGGUAAAGAUAGAUGGCUUAUAGUAGCCUGUCGACCUUUUAUUCUCUUUACAUAUCCGGCUGUCCUAUGGUCUUCAAUUGUUUAUGCUUGUUCAAUUGGUUGGCUUAUCGUUCUAUCCGAAUCCGUCGCUGUUAUCUAUAGAGAUAAACAUACAUAUAAUUUCUCCGCUUUAUCAACUGGAUUAAUAUAUCUCUCUCCUUUCAUAGGUGGAGUACUAGGUACAGCGGUAGCGGGAAAAGUAAGCGAUGUCAUUGUCCGGGCUAUGUCCAGAAGAAAUGGAGGUCUCUACGAACCGGAAUAUAGACUUAUAAUGGCAGCUCCAGUCGCAUUAACCACAGUCAUUGGUCUGAUGGGUUUCGGUUGGUCUGCUCAAAUACAUGAUAAUUGGAUAGUUCCAACUAUCUUCUUCGGAAUCAUAUCUUUUGGUUGUUCAUUAGGUUCGACAACGGCGAUUACGUUUUGUGUGGAUUCUUACAGACAGUAUGCUGGUGAAGCGUUGGUGACAUUGAACUUUUCGAAGAACAUCUUUCAUGGAUUGGUUUUUUCAUUGUUCUUUACAGAGUGGUUAGAGAGGGAUGGAAGUAAGAAUGUAUUUAUUUGGUUGGGGGUUAUUCAGUUGAUUUUAAUGGCUGCAAGUGUACCGAUGUAUAUCUUUGGGAAGAGAGCGAGAAUGUGGACAGUUAGAAAGAAUUAUAUUGAAAAGUUUGGGGCGAGAUGGGGGAAAUAG